AUGGCGACUUUCAGCGAAUCCUCCUUUGACAGCACCAUCUAUGCGACUUUCAGACCGACCUACCCUAGGUCCCUGUUUGACUUCAUAUUCCGGUACCACGAGCGCAAUAAGGGUGCAAGAUGGGAUAGAGCAGUAGACGUUGGUUGUGGGACAGGUCAAGCAACAGUCGAGCUCACACCCUUCAAGUGCGUCACUGGCGUCGACCCAAGCUCUAAGAUGAUUGAAGUUGCUCAAGGUACCCUUGAGGAAAAGUCAUCGAGCACUGGUCAAUUGAAGUACGUACACGGGAGUGCAGAGAAUCUGUCAUUCUUGGAGGAUAGCAGUGUGGAUCUAAUCAUUUCCGCCCAGGCAAGCCAUUGGUUCAAUUGGAACAAAAUAUGGCCCGAGGUCGCAAGGGUGCUGAGGAAGAAUGGGAGUGCUGCAUUCUGGGGUUACUCCAAGCUCCGCUUCACUCGCUAUCCGUCACUCACACAGCAAGUCGACGCUUAUGUCGAAGGUAUUGACCCGCUGAACAGCCUUGGCCCAUAUUGGGAACAACCCGGUCGUUCGAUUCUGGAUAAUCACUUGCUUGACGUAUCAGAAGGCAAUGAAGUUGUGCCCGGCGCGUUCAGUGAUUUCGAGAGAGUCUUCUUCACAGGCGACCACUACCCAUCUCUCCCUUCCCCACACUCUGUGAUCAUGCACAAGAAAAUGACGUGGGAUGACCUGCUAUCUUAUCUUAAUACGUGGAGCGCGUUGCACACGUUCCGUCAGCACAACCCCACGGAUGCGGAAAACCCACGUGGAAAUGUUGCAGUGCGGCUCUGGAAGGAUCUUAUGGAGGGUGCCGAGCGGGAGGAUGGGAGAGCCGUCGGAGGACAAGAUGAAGUAGACAUUGAAUGGCCAUUGGCGAUGAUAAUGGUUAAGAGAGCGUAA